AUGAACUCGACCGCCCAAGCUUGGGCACCUCCUCCUGCAAUUCAAGUGAAUCCGACUGUUUCAGUGCCUCCUCCGAGCGCACCCCAAUAUAGACCUCUAUCGUGGCGAACCACGUUGUGCCGACAUUUUGCUCGCCAUCAUGGAUGGUGUCCGUUGGGCGAAGAGUGCAACUACAUCCAUGACCUCGAACUGGCCGCGAUAGCUCUGGAGGACGUUAGGUUCCCGGGCGGGCGGCCACCUCCUGAAGACAGUCACGGCGACGGGCCACCGCAGGCCGGGAGCAAGCACAGCCAUUGCUGGGCGUACAUUCAAGGCCUCUGCCACGUUGAGAACUGCCCAUAUCUGCAUCCUGUGCAGGCUCAUCUCUUCAUUCGGCACACGCCCUGCCUGCAGUGGCCGAACUGCACGAAGGGCGCGCUCUGCCAGUACAAGCACCCCGAGCCAAUCAUCCCGAAGGUGGGGAGGCUCCCGGCGUCGAUAGGGUCGCCUCCGAGUGCGCGGCCGCAGCCCCCGAGUCCCGUCGAGACGACUCUAGGCGGAGCCGUACAAUACCAAGGAACGACAUACUUCCCUCUCCAAUCCCAGCUUCCAGUGUCUCCGCCUGCGCCGAGCGCGCCGAUCCCAUCCAUGCGCAUCUACGAGCCGCAGAGAAGCAACGAGCCAAUGGUCCCCAUGGGCUACGGCGCGUACCUGGGGUCUCCUCCAUGGCAGCACCAAAUCUCGCCCGUCGCGCACUCGUCACCCAUGCAAUACAGCACGAGCUACUCUUCGAUGUCGUCCAUGGACGCCCCGGGUUUCGCGCUAGACGUACCGCGCAUCCCGGCGCCCAUGCCGCCCAGCUACGGCCUCCAGCCGAGGACCCCUCCGUUCCGGGACCGCUUCAUCUACUCUGCGCACCCGCCGCAGGCUCAGCAAGCCCCAGAUCGAGCGCAGUUGAUGCACUCCCGGGACGCGAGCAUCCCGCGCACGACCGUCCCAGUGCCGCCGUCGAUUGUAGAAGACCUGCGAAAACUGUCUGUUGCCGAGGAAGCUGAGGACCAGUUCCCCUACGUCCCUCCGAAGACACAGCGCGUGGGCCACGCACGUCGAGUCAGCGUAGCCCUGAGGAGCAAGGAGGACACCGACGCACUAGGCCUCUUCUCGGGUGCACCAGAGAGGCAGUCCUGGCAGACGCACGGAAGCCGUUCUACGCACAAGAGCUGGGCGCCGCCCUCGUCCUCGUCAAUGAUGACGUUCCUCUAA